CGAGAAAAGCUGUGAGGAGAUAAAGCAAUUUCUACUACAGUAUUGUCUGAAGCAAAUAUUAGAAGAUUACAAUAUGAUUCCAGAUCCAAUGUCCAAUUUCUACGAUGCCCUUUGUGUUGGAAUUGAUUGGUUUGAAAAUCUCAAUACUGAUGGUUUCUUUCAACUCUCUCCUGAUAAUUCUGAAGAUGAUGAAAUGGAACAACCCACUCCAGACUGCCAAAAUGAGCCGCCGGAGCAACCGGAAGAGCAGCCUCCAAGACGACGACCCUCCCUUGCUGCACAGCGACAAAGAACGGGAAGAAUGACGGUGAAUGACGUGUGGGAAUAUCUUCAUCUUCCAAUAUCAGAAGCUUCAAAAAAACUGAAUGUGUGCAAUACUGUAUUGAAGAAAAUAUGCCGUCGGAGCGGUCUUAGCCGGUGGCCUUACAGAAAGAUACGUAGUUACGAGAGACGAAUAGCUGCACUGAGAGCCACCAUGAAUUCAAGCUACGGAGAUACGAGAGUUCGAGCUGAAGCCGAGAUUGAAAGGGUUCAAAAAGAACUUACUGAUUUUUGUGCUCGAAUCAGGAUUUGAGUUCUUUUCCCCUCGUUUUUUCGUAUACUUUUACUUGAGUUCUUGUGUGUUUUCGUGUGUUUUUUUGGUCAUUUUAGGUAAAGCAUAGUUAGUUGAAACUAAAAUUUUGUUGUGUAUAAUUUAGCAUUACUAUU